AGCAUACCUAAUUCUCAUGCAUGGAAAUGCAUACUUGUGAUACUGGCAUUAAAGUUUUCAGUGUAAAAUUUUCACGUAUGUAUUUAAUAACAUAAUCAUUACAUGUUAAGCAAUAAAUAAAACGAUUGCAUAAAAAGGGGGGCGCGACCUUAAUUAUACAAUUGGAAAACGACUACAUUCAAAAAUUGCUGAUUGUUUAUUUUUAAACCUAUGAGAAAACUUGACAUAAGUGAUUUUUAUAAAAAGUGAAUAAAAGUGUGAAUUAUUAUAAGAAUUAAUGAUAGGAGUGAAUAAUAUCUGACUAUAAUAUUAUGUGACAAAUUUUUUUUAUAAAAUCAAUGUAGGGUUGACGAUAUUUUUCUACUGUUUUUGGAUGGCCUACAAUAUGGCUCUUAGGUCAUUUUUACAUAUAGGUAAUAGUACAUAUAAAUGUGUUUUUACUACAAUAAAGUUUAAACCUAAAUUAUAUGUAGUUGAAGGAUAUAAACAAAUUAGAAAUUUUCAUAAGUUUAGAGGUAAAACAAAACUAUCACAAUCAUCAAAUUCACUAACAGAAGAGUUCCUUAAAAAGCAAUCAGGAUAUUUUCCCAAUUUAUGGAAACCAUUUACCUUUACUAUCAUUUUUAGUGCAACAACAUUUAUUGCCGCUGCCAUUUGGGAAUAUGAAUGUGUCAGAAAUAAAACCUAUAGUAUAAUCAGAAGUUACAAACAAUGGGGAAUACAUCGAACAGGAUGGAGAAAUACGAUGGAGAAUUGGUGGAAAAACUUAUCAGAAGGAGAAAGAAUAUUUAUUCCUAUAUGUUUCUUAAAUGUAUUGGUAUUUUUGUCAUGGCAUAUACCAGCAUUUCGAUUGACAAUGUAUCGAUAUUUUUCAUGCACUCCUACCACUAAUAGAUGUUGGCCAAUGUUGUUUGUAACAUUUUCGCAUUGUUCCCUUCUUCAUUUAAUUGUCAACAUGUAUGUAUUAUAUGGUUUCUCUAAAAUUGCUGUGGCUCAACUGGGUAGAGAACAAUUUUUGGCACUUUAUUUAAUUAGUGGAGUAGUAUCUAGUUUUUCAAGUUAUUUAUAUAAAGCUGUCGUUGGAAUAAGAGAUCCUUCCUUGGGAGCUUCAGGAGCAAUAAUGGGUGUCUUUGGAUUUGUAUGUACUCAGUUUCCAAAUGCAUACCUAUCUAUUAUUUUUCUUCCAAUGUUCACAUUUACAGCGAGUAUGGCCAUGAAAGCUAUAAUGGGUUUGGAUACUUUGGGAUGCCUUAUGCGUUGGCAACGUUUUGAUCAUGCAGCACAUUUGGGUGGAGCAUUAUUUGGAAUAUUUUGGCAAAUGUGGGGUAGUGCCAAUAUAUGGCAAAAACGUGAACCAGUAUUAGUAUUUUGGCAUCAAGUCCGUGAACCACCUAGAUCUAAUUAAUACCUCCUUGUUAUAAAAUUGAUACUAAUACAUAUUAUAUAUUUGUAAUAUUAUGAAAAAUUUUGAAAGUUAUAAGAAGUGGAAUUAUAUAAGAAAGAAAAUGUAUUUAUUUUGUUCUUUAUAA